ACCUGAGUGAAUUGAUAAAAGGAAUAACAAUUUGAAGAAGUGUAGUUAAGAGUUGUAGACAGACCGGUAAAGUUGUUGUUGUUGUUGUUAUAUGGUUUACAGAGUGUUGUGUUGAUAUAGUGUGACUUGGGAGUGUGUAGAGGAGACUGACUGGUAGCAUAUAUAAGCUAUAAACAAGAAGGGAAUAAAACUUGAAUAGAAACGGAAGAUGAAGAAGGUUCCAUAUGCACUUGAACUUGCACCUCUCUUCUUUGAUUGGCCUUGGUGGGACCGCACCAACAACUCCACUCACUACCAGAACGCCUUUUUCUACUUCCUCUGUGCUGCUUAUGCUCUCAUCUCCUCUGUUGCUCUGAUUCAGCUUAUAAGAAUUGAACUGAGAGUGCCUGAAUACGGUUGGACAACUCAAAAAAUUUUCCAUCUUAUGAACUUCAUUGUCAGUGGAGUACGUGCAGUAGUGUUUGGAUUUCACAGCCAAGUUUUUCUUUUGCAUCCAAAGGUCUUGAUUUUGGUGUUAUUGGAUCUGCCGGGACUAGUGUUUUUCUCUACUUAUAUACUUCUGGUUCUUUUCUGGGCUGAGAUUUAUCAUCAGGCUAGGAGUUUACCGACGGAAAGACUGAGGAUACUCUAUGUUUCUAUAAAUGGUGCUGUGUAUUUUAUCCAGGUUUGUAUUUGGAUUUACCUCUGGAUAGAUUACAAUAAUGUUGUGGAGUUGAUGGGAAACAUAUUUACAGCAGCUGUCUCAUUUAUGGCUGCAUUAGGCUUCUUGAUAUAUGGAGGAAGGUUAUUUACAAUGUUGAGGCGUUUCCCAAUUGAAUCCAAAGGAAGAAGGAAGAAGCUUCAUGAGGUCGGAUUUGUCACAGCCAUCUGUUUCACUUGUUUUCUGAUAAGAGGCUUGAUGGUUUUGAUUUCUGCUUUUGAUUCAGAUGCAUCUCUUGAUGUUGUGGAUCAUCCUAUUUUGGACUUGAUCUACUACAUGCUGGUUGAGAUCUUGCCUUCAGUUUUAGUCCUCUUCAUCCUGCGCAAACUGCCCCCAAAGAGAAUAUCAGCACAAUAUCACCCUAUCCGUUAACUGCAGUGCAACUAGGAUCUUAAUAUAUUCUUUAACCUGGAGGUUAUGAUUUUAAUGGCACUGUAGUUCAUGGUAUUCUUUUUCUCUUUGGCAUUCUUUUGCUCUUUUUCCCGUCAGGUUUAGUCUCAUGCAGCAGUUCUUUUUACGUGUAACAAUCAGCUGCGGCUACUUAGGUAGAACAAUUUGGACUUUUCCUUUUUUUUUUUGUUGGUUUAAAUGAUGUUGAGAUUGUGAUUUUCUGCGGUUAUAGGUCCAUGUAUGUAAAAGGGAAUUGAGAGGUGUUGACAGAGGAGAUUAAGGAAAUAGAAUAUUUUGUGUAGUUUCAAGAUUAUGGUUGCAGGCUGUUUCCAGACCUUUGUUUUGCAUGUUUGUAUGUGCAGAACAAACUGGGAACGAUGUAUUCAUUCUUUUCCUCAACACUCCAUAGGGUGUUUGAUGUUUGCCAAAAUAUAUACUGCCACAAAAAAUUGAGAUUGUUGCAAGAAUGAGUUAGCACUUUUGUUUGAACGAGUUUAAAUUGUGAAUGGGAAAUUGUGAAUGUAUAUCAAAAGAUCAAGCAAUUCGGUAUUACGUAGCACUAGACACAAAUUUUUUUCCAUGUUUGUCUCUUCCUGUCCAAGUAAGCUAAAUAGAUUUUCCGAUGUAGCUUACUUUCUAUUCAAUGAUUUCCUUUGCAUUAUUUAAAGGUAAAAGUCUAGCCUCAUAACUUCAGUUUUCAAGCUUUAAACAUGUGCAAUGUGAUUUUUAAACUUUUUUGAAUUGUGUUUUUCAAUCUUUUUGUUUAAAUUUUAUUGAACGUUAACAAUUCUUUCUUUUAAUUUCAGAAUCAGCAUCCACUUGAAGCUAAACCGGAGAGGGUAAAUUAAACUUUUCUUGCUACAAAAUAGUCAUAUGAUUCUUUUUGGUAGAUAAAUAGUCAUAUGAUUUGAAUAUGGUAAUAUGUGUUGAGAUACCUUGAAUUUGUGUCUCUGAGUUUUAACUAUUGUUCUCUUCCAUGUUAUGAAUUAUUAUGGUGAGUUAUGAAUCAUUAUAUACACAAACUUUAAAAGCUUAUAAGAUAUUUUUUUUAUAUGUAUCUUGUAUUUUAUAUUCACAAAUUACAAUAAAUAGAAAUUUUUUAAUUUGAUUAUGGAUGUAAGUUUCAUUGACUGAACCACAUUGAUUUUUGUUGUUCUUCUAAUUACUUUGUUUUCUUUUGUCAUAACAAUUGAUAUUAAGAGCUUAGUUUUUUUUUUAAGGACUAAUUUUAGUGAUUAUAAUGUCUUUAAAUAAAUUUAAUAUUGAAAAAUUCAAUGGAUAGAAUGAUUUCACUUUAUGAAAAUUAAAGAUGAAGACAAUUUUUGUAGAUUAACAAUGUAUAACAACAUUAAACGGUAAAGAAAAAUUGUUUGUGACUCAGAGAAAUGUAAAGAAGAAAUAGAUAAAGAAAUAAAUAUUGAAAAAGAUGGAUUGUAUAAUUCUAUUGAGAAUAACUUAUUAAGUUCUGCAAGAAAUAAUUGACAAAAUAACAGCUGCAGAAAUGUGACAAGCUUCAAGAAAGAUAUCAAAAGGAAUUUUUAACUAAUUAAUUGUACUAAAAGCAACAUCUAUGUAUCUAGCAAAUAUCUAAGAAUAUGUUAGUGAGAAAUUAUAUUGAUAAUUUUAACAUAAUUAUCCUAGAAAGUUAAAAUUAAUGAUAAAAAUUAUAUUAUUAUUUUGUUGUAUUUUUGUCUGAAAUUAUUUGAGUAUUUAACAACAUAAAAGUUAAGAGUAAAAUAAAUACAUUUUUUAUUUAUAUUAUUAUAUUUUAGUAGUAUUUAUUUCAUUGUUCACAUAAAAUUUAUUUUUAUUUGAGUUGUAUGAUAUAUCUCGCAAACAUUAUUUCUUGUAUAAAGUUUUUAUCUUAUUAAUGUAUACAUAUAUAUGUUAUUUUACCGGAAGUUUAACGGUGAUGCAAAAAAAAAAAAUCAACAAUCUUUUAUAUUUCUUUCUUGCGCAUACUUGCUUAUAUUCACAAGAUAACAAAUAUUUUCUUUUUUAAAUUGUCACACUUUCUGUUGUAAAAUAUUUUAAUUAAACUUGGUAAGCAAAUAUGACGCUCUAGAGAAAAUCAUUGAUGUUAUAAAUGCAAUACUACUAUCAAAUUACUCCUCAUCUACCAUUUUGCAUGUACCUGUGGAAAGUAAAAAGAUUAUUGUGUACGUUGAAUUAAAAGCUUAUAGCAUUUUGCAUAUCUCAAAUUCACAUUGGAUGCUUUGCAUAGUUCUGUUGGAUUCAAAGAAUGAGGACGAGAUGCGAGAUAUUUUAAUAAAAAAAGAAUGGACGGAAAGAGUUCCAUGUUUGUUUAGUAAGAGGAAGAAAAUAAAGAUAAAAAUAACUUUGAAAUCAAACAUGAAAAUAGAGGAAUUUUAUCCUGCAAAAAAACAUUAUGAUGGUAGUCUUCUGUCAUAACAUAACUGGAAGGCGCCUCAUGUGAUAAAAAACAGAAGAAUAAAAUAAUAUGAAAGAAAAAUAAUAAAGAAGGGGA